UGUAAUGACAUACAUGAAGGAAAUGCACUAGAAGGAAAGAGGCCAAAGCCUUCCCUCCCGGUUUCCCUUUGUUUUAUUAUCUGCUAAAAGAUAGAUUCUGAGACUGCCUCACUCACAUUUAACUCUAAUUUUGAUCUGUUCCUUGUUUCUUCAUUCUGGACUUCCUCUUACUCAAAACCAAUCUUGCUGAUAUUCUAAUUAAUGGAGUUUGCCAUGUCAAGCUCCAAACCUCCCUCUGUUUUCUUCUUUGGAUUUCUGCUUCUCAGUUUCUUCACAGAUUUUCCAUCAAAUGCUCAACUCAUACCCCAACAGGAAGUGAAGGCUUUACAGGCAAUAUCUGAUAAGCUGACAAAUGUGAAGUGGAAGGUGACACCAACAUCUUGUAUUAAUGGAGAUGGAUUUGAUAACCUCUUUGCUUCAUCCUAUGGAGUGACGAGGAAUGUCACCUGCAGUUGCAAUUUCCAGCACGGCACCGUUUGCCAUGUCACCAAUAUCCUGUUGAAAAGCCAAAAUAUAGCAGGGGAGAUACCCAGUGAAUUUGGAAAUCUCACCCAUUUGACUGAACUUGAUCUUUAUCUCAACUAUCUCAGUGGCCCAAUUCCAACGUCUUUUAGGCAUAUCCCUCUCGUCACUCUGUCCCUUGCGGGGAAUCGCAUUAGCGGUUCAAUUCCCGUUGAGUUGGGUGAAAUUGCUAGUCUGAAGGAUUUGAACCUAGAAGAUAAUCAGCUUGGAGGACCUCUUCCUCAUAGUCUUGGAAAGUUGCCCACCUUACGGAGAAUACGUCUUUCUGCAAAUAAUUUUACUGGAACAAUACCAGAAACGUUUGGAAAUCUGAAGAACAUGAUUGAUUUUUCUAUAGAUGGGAGUACCUUAUCAGGAAAGAUACCAAGUUUGAUUGGGAACUGGACCAAAAUUCUCUCUAUGGAUAUGGAGGGCACAGGCAUGGAAGGCCCGAUUCCUUCCACCAUAUCAUUGUUGACAAAUUUGAAAGAAUUGAGAAUAUCUGACUUGAAAGGAACAACAACGAUGACAUUUCCUAAUCUGAAGAAUUUGAUGAGUUUGGAACGACUGAUAUUAAGGAAUUGCUUAAUUACUGGCCCCAUUCCAACGUAUAUUGGUGAAAUGAAAAACUUAAAGACUUUGGACCUGAGUUUUAACAAGUUGACCGGUUCAAUCCCUGACUUAUUUCAGAACUUGAAUUUUGAUCAGAUGUUUCUGACGAACAAUUCUCUGAGUGGGGCAAUACCAGAAUGGGUCCUACAGAGCAAAUAUAAGAUGGAUUUAUCUUACAACAAUUUUACCGAGGCUUCUACAUCUACUUGCCAGAUCUUACAAGUGAACUUAGCUUCCAGUCUUUCAUCUUCAACAAGAAAUGCAACCUUUUGCUUGAGGAAGGGCCUACCUUGUCCAGGAAAACCUCAGUAUCAUUCAUUGUUUAUAAAUUCUGGAGGACCCAAGAUGGAGUUUCAGAAGAAUGAAUAUGAAGAAGAUAUCAAUCAAAAUGGCGUUUCAUACUUCUAUAUAAAAGAUGACAAAUGGGCUUACAGCAGCACAGGAACAUAUAUAUAUGAUGAUAAAGCUGAUUACGUAGCCAGUGUACAAACAAAUAAGUUUUCUUUGAAUGUUAAUGGCUCAGAAUACUACCAAACAGCACGUCUCAGCCCUCAAUCACUUAAGUACUAUGGCCUCUGUAUGAUGAAGGGUAAUUAUAAAGUAAGGCUCCAUUUUGCUGAGAUAAUGUUUUCUGACGACCAGACAUUUAACAGUCUUGGAACUCGCAUAUUUGAUGUUUCAAUUCAAGGUUUCAAAUACUUGAAAGAUUUUAACAUUGCAAAGGAAGCUGGUGGAGCUGGUAAGGGCAUCACAAGAGAAUUCAAUGUUGAUGUGAAUGAUACCACCUUGGAGAUCCAUUUAUAUUGGGCAGGGAAAGGUACUACAGCAAUUCCCCAAAGAGGUGUAUAUGGACCUCUAAUAUCUGCCAUCACUGUGACCCCAAACUUCAAAGUUCCUGCAAAAGGAUUGUCUGUCGGAGCUAUUGUUGGAAUUGUGGUUGGAUCAUGCGGCUUCCUUGUACUUGUACUCAUUGUCCUCAGAAAGAAGGGUUUCCUUGGUGGGGAAGAUCCAAAAGAUAGAGAACUUUUAGAUCUGAAGACCGGUUAUUUUCCUCUAAGACAAAUUAAAAAUGCAACCAAUGACUUUGACCCUGCAAAUAAGAUAGGAGAAGGUGGCUUUGGGCCUGUGUAUAAGGGUGUGCUGUCUGAUGGUGUUGCCGUUGCUAUUAAGCAACUAUCUUCCAAGUCAAAGCAAGGAAAUCGUGAAUUUGUUAAUGAAAUAGGAAUGAUAUCUGCUUUGCAACAUCCAAAUCUGGUGAAGCUUUACGGUUGUUGCAUAGAAGGAAAUCAAUUGUUGCUUAUAUAUGAAUACAUGGAGAACAAUUGCCUUGCUCGAGCACUUUUUGGCUGUGAUGAACAACGGAUACACUUGGACUGGCCCACAAGAGUAAAGAUUUUUCUUGGGAUAGCAAGGGGAUUGGCUUAUCUUCAUGAGGAGUCAAGGUUAAAAAUAGUACACAGGGACAUUAAGGCGACAAACAUCUUACUUGAUAAAGAACUAAAUGCCAAAAUCUCUGAUUUUGGUUUAGCGAAGCUUGACGAAGGAGAAAAUACCCACAUCAUCACCCGAGUAGCUGGAACAAUUGGUUACAUGGCUCCUGAAUAUGCAAUGAGAGGUUACUUGACAGAUAAAGCAGAUGUUUAUAGCUUCGGAGUUGUUGCUUUGGAAAUUAUUAGUGGAAAGAGCAACGCAAGUUACGUGCCAAUGGAUGACUUUGUUCAUCUUCUUGAUUGGGCCUAUGUUCUCCAAGAGGAAGAAAAGCUUUUAGAGUUGGUGGAUCCACGUCUUGGUUUAAACUACUCCCAAGAUGAAGCCAUGAGAAUGCUAAAUUUGGCUCUUUUGUGCACUAAUCUAUCUCCCACCCUCAGACCCUCCAUGUCAUCUGUAGUGAGCAUGCUUGAGGGAAAAACUCCAAUCCAAGCACCAAUAAACAAGCAUAGAGAUCAAUAUGCAAGGUUCAAAAUGCUGUCGUAUGACAGCCAGACAUUUGUAGCCUCUCAAUCAAGUACGGAACAAAGAGGCAAGUCAACGGAUGGGUCAUGGGUUGACUCCCCAAUAUCUCUUCCGAGAUGAAAGGAUCAACAUAUAGUUACGAUGUGCAGUGGUAGAACAAGCAUCUACGUUCAAAAUGCAAUAGUCAUAUAUAUGAUUAGCGUACCUUGAUCUAGUGAAGAGAAAAUUCCAAAGCAAAAGAAGUCUAUUUCACGGUGCUUCUCCUUGACUGAAGUAUAAAGAAAUGAUGAAUAGAGUCGUCUUUUGUGGCUCUUUCCUUCGAUAUGUCUACUGCAAACUUUUUAAUUCCUUCAAACUUCAUCCUUGUGUUGUUCCCAAUCGCACUUUGCUUCAAACCAGAGGCCAGGGACGGAACAGGGAAAGAAGGUGAAUCCAGAAAGUUCAAUCUCAUUCCAUUCACAGAGCUCUUUUUU